UCUAAAUGGGGUUUUAGGAAGUGUUCUUUGAUUUUUUAAAGCAGAGACUGUUGAGGGACACAGUUUCCGAUGGUGACCCAGUCCGUCUCGUCGUUUUAUUUAUUACGAAGUCAUCCCCCGCUUUCUGAUCGCCUUUAUCAUGGAAACGUGUACUUUCAGACACUCAAAAUGUGUUGUUCUGAUGGUCGUUUUCCUAAAAUCAGUUGCUGGGACCUUCACCCCAACUAUCAACAUGGACAAUACGAUGAUAACAGGAACUUAUUAUAGUGCUCACACGGCCGAUGCACAAGAAGCUACUUUUCUGUCAAGGGAGUUGACGACUUCUACUACUGUGUAUAUCAGGGAAUCUAUCAAGAAUUCAUCUCCUUCAAAAAUCACGGAUAUUCCGCCCAGGGCUUCAGAGAGAGAGCAGUCAUUAACAGAAACCAGAACUGCCACUGAUCCGUACUCUAUUUGGGCCACGGAUACGGAGAGCUGGACUUCACAAGGGAACGUUGGCUCGUCCACUGAGGUGCUGAGUUCCAACACAGAAUCCACCACCAACAGGACAACGGAAGGGCAGAAAUCGACGAUAGUGCACACCACCCAUCUCACCUCGUCCUUCUCUGAAGAGCCCCACCCUGUAACAGAGGCCAGGUCAAGUCGAGACAGCCGCACAGCGGACAACAAAGUGUGGGUGACAGAUACCCAGAGCACCGACACCAUCUCCGACACGGACAGUAUCUACCUCUCCACAACCAUCAGCCGAGCUGGAGAACGCACUCUCCUCUCAGUCCCCUUCAACAGCACCUCCCCCUACACGGAUGACUCCAACUCCUCCGAGACCGCCCCUCACACUUUCACCUCGGAGAUCCAGAGCUCUGGGCCCACGCAAAACAGAGAGUCCACAGAGAGUGCCUCCUCUACUGGGGUUGAUCAGGUUUUCACCUCCUCGGGGACCCACCUCCCUACAAACACAACUCAAGAGAGACCCACAGAGACAGAGCGGUUUGAUCCUUCUCAGGGCACAGCCCAUGAGACCGGAGAGCCCAACGUCACCGGGCAGAGCUUCGACGUGACGACCGAUGGCGACAACCCUGACAUCACACCCCCGCUCACAGUGGUCGUCAACAGCCCCGACGAGAAGACGGACGUUACAGUCACGAGUCACACCACCGGCGGGGAGACCUCUUUUACGGAGGACAGCUCUGUGUCCGUGUCCUCCGUCCCACCGCUUGUGUCCUCAGAGGACAGCGUGACUAAUGCCUCACGUCCAGGUGCCGAGACGUCUGUCACUCGGGUUGGCGUGACGAGGGUGAUCACAGAGUCGUCCACGGGAUCCGUCGGCACCAGAGGUCGUGAGGAGCCCGAGUGGACUCAAACCCACCAUGUGGAUGACACCACUCUCCAGGGCUUGACCACUGCUCCGCCGACCCUCAGAGACGACGUCACGACGGGCGAUUCCUCGUCCAGGUUCUUCUCCCUCACCCCCCGAACGGCCCAGCCGACAGUUCCCACAGAGGUUCUGUCCACGGCCGAAGAUCGCGUAACGCGGCGACCUGUCCUCACGGAGCAGGACACUUACAGAGUCACCACUGCUGAAACGCCCACCAGCACGCCCACGACCACGCCCGCCCGUACCCGUGCCACGACCACCCCCCCUUCACCUUCUGCCACGACCCAGAAACCCCAGCCCAGCACCGUCGUUCAGCCCCACACCACCCCCGUUACCACGGAGACCGCUCAAACGACGCAGCAGUUUCCCACCUCCAGGACCAGAGGUCCCCAGACCGCCAGGACGUCCAAGACGGACGUGACCACUCUGCACCUGGAGACCAGCACCGCCACGCCGGGAAACACCACGGCCCAAACCGCUCACACCACAGCUCUGUACAGCAAGAGCACCAGUGCCAGCAGCAGCCGUCCUGCCGCCCUCACCCCGGGCACCCACAGAACAAAGGGCACCACGGAGAUGGGGUCGACGCCCACCACUCAGACGCAUGUAAAAUCAACUCCCUCAGCAGAUCACGCGUGCGGAGCACACAGGUGUGCUAACGGCGGGACUUGCGCGGAGACUCCUGGAGCUGGGUACAGCUGUCGCUGUCUGCCUGCAUGGGGGGGACCCAGCUGCACUGAGGAUGUUGAUGAGUGCCAAAGCAGACCCUGUCCUCCAAACUCUGUUUGUGUAAACACCCGUGGAUCGUUCAGCUGUGAGUGCCCUCUGGGCUUUGACCUGGAGGAUGGACGAACCUGCACACAAGUGAAGACCUUCCUGGGCACCUUCAGAGUGAACAGCACCGUGCACCUCAUGAAUGUGCAUGAAAUCCAGAGAGAGAUCCUACAGCUGCUGAAUUCAUCCCUCUCCAGUUUACGUGGUUACAGACGUUCUACCCUCAAACAACAAGAGGGCAAAGAUCUCCGUUUCUUGGCUGCGAACAUGUUCUCCGUUUCCGCCGACGUGACCAGCCCUGACGUCUCCGGCAGUAUCCAGGUGUCUCUGAGAAACUGCAGCAAGUCGUCCUCGCACUGCGGAGUCAAGCUUCAUCACCAGCUCUCUUAUCAUGUGGAGAGCCUGUGUUUGGCCCAGAACACCUCUUGUGAUCCACAGCAUUCUCUGUGCACGGACACGAACGGGACGCCUUACUGCCAGUGUCUUCCCGGUUACUUCAAAAACAACCCAGAGGACAUGACGUGCCGAGACUGUGGGGAUGGUUUCAAACUAGUAAACGGGACGUGUGUUGAGUGCAUGUUUGGAUUUGGAGGUUUCAACUGUAAUAAUUUUUACAAGCUGAUUGCAGUGGUGGUGUCGCCUGCGGGUGGAGUUUUGCUGUUGAUUGUCAUCAUCGCUUUGAUAGUUACCUGCUGCAAGAAGGACAAAAACGACAUCAACAAAAUCAUCUUCAAAAGUGGAGAUUUGCAGAUGUCCCCGUAUUCGGAUUUCCCUAAGAGUAACCGUGUCUCCAUGGAGUGGGGCAGAGAGACCAUUGAGAUGCAGGAGAAUGGCAGCACUAAGAAUCUCCUACAGAUGACUGACAUCUACUACUCUCCUGCGCUGCGUAACUCGGACCUGGAUCGAAACGGCCUGUACCCCUUCUCGGGCCUCCCUGGGUCCAGACACUCCUGCAUCUACCCCGCCCAGUGGAACCCGUCUUUCAUAAGCGAUGACUCACGCCGCCGGGACUACUUCUGA